CUGUGAAAACGUAAACAUUUUCAGGUGAAAAUCUGUGUCGUUCUGUUGAAUUUGGAAGAAAAUCGGUACUUUUUCCGGGAUUAUUGGCUUGUCGGUAUGAUUUGAACCCCGACCACGUACCAGCUAGUGGAAAAUGUAUUCGGAAUGGGCCUCCCUGGUGCCGACUAUUACGGAAAACAUCAGCAACGCCCAGUCGCAGAGUGUUCUCGGCAAAUUUGGGAUCGCUGGAGGUCGUGAUGUGGCAGCUGUGGUCGUAAAACAGCUGGCAGGCAAUCUUGGCAUAACUAACAUCGCCGAACCCAGUACGCUGGUUUCGGAUCAAGAGGUGCAAUGGUGCAUGGACGUAAUUUGCCAUGGGUUGUCGUUGCCACUGGCUGAGCACGAUGUUAUUAAGGAUUGUGUCAACAUCUACUGUGAAUGGGUGACAGCUUUGCUGCCACAGACGAAAAUUAGUGUUCCAAAGCCGAUCUGUGAUGAUCCCAACACCUACGUCCGGAAGAUCAUCAAGCACCUGUACAACUUGUUUGUUCCAAGGCCGGGAGAAGGUAUCCACAGUUGUCCGGGCUUUUCGGUUUUAAAUUGGCCUUUUAUCUAUCAAGAAGAGCUAGGAACGGACACCAUCAAUCGGCAGGCCGUUUUCUGCCACCGGGUGCUACGAACGCUGCAGGACACUGCUCAAAAUUCGAAGAUUUUAACGGUGGAAACGUGGGAAGCACUGCUGCUCUUCCUGCUAGCGAUAAACGAGAUUCUGCUGGCACCACCCAUCGUUAAGGAUGAUGUUGGUGAUCAGCUGUGCGAGCGAGUUCUGAGUGUGCUGUUCGAAGUCUGGCUGCUCGCCUGCAGCCGCUGCUUUCCGUCCCCUUCGCUGUGGAAAACAUUCCAAGAAUCCUGUGCAGCUUGGCGCCAUCGGAUCGCUUUGGUGGAACAGUGGAAUCGGGUCAACUUGGUGUUGACGGCGAAGCUGCUGGAGUUCACCUACGGUCCGGCUUUUCCGGAGAUGAAAAUAAUGGAAGAAGACGGUAACCUUAUUCCGUCCGGUAUGACAAACGACAGUAUCGCGCAAUCGUGGAUACGUUUUCUAAAGAUACUCGGUGCACCAACCGAUCUCUGCUGUCCGCAGGUUAUCAGUCGUACGCCGCAGUUCAUUCAGGCUGUGCUUCUGAACACGGAUGGAAUCGAGCCUCAUUAUCAUCCCUGUUUACUGCAGUUGCCGCAAAUUUUCCUGAAAACCAUGAAGGGAAUCGCCGGACUUGUCGAUGCUUUUCUAGGAAUAACGCUGUACAGGCAGGACGAUGCGACCGUCAUGGAAAGUAUCCACCAGCAGCUCCAGCUUGGUGCCGGUAACACAACACCGAACCCUAGCUUCAGACAUUCCGGUGGGGAGAUUAGGCUGAGCCCGUCGAUUCGAGCAACCGGUGGUCUCGGAGGGCUGGGAUUGGGAGCUGCUCUUGGUGUAGUCGGGAGUGGCUCCAAUCAUGCCCUAAAUAAUAGUACUCAUAGCAAUAUUGGUGGUGGCAAUGUUUUAGGUGGACACGGUGUAGUGCAGUUAGAGAGUACAGUUAGCUCCGGAAAUACCAUCGGAAGCUUUAUGAGCAGUAUUUCCCACGACGGACAGUUCGGCGGUACGGAGGUAGCAGUGCCCAACUCGCCGACGCCACCCCUCCAGAGGCGUCUGGCCAAAAGCUUCAGCGUAGCGCCUUCCAUUUCUGCCCACGCCGUAAUAUCGAUGGCCCAUUCAAAGGGUCUUACAAAAAGUUCGUUCAGUGGCCUGACCAGUAGCCGUGCAUCUGCAAAUCAGUCGAAUUCCAUUCCACAAUCAACGUCACUGCCUUCUUCGGGAUUUUCAUCAAUGCUCUCAUUGUGUCAGGAAAAUCGCUACCCACUGGCAGCUAACCGACCCCGUUGUAACAGCAUACUUCAUCUGUUUGGCGAGUGGCUUUUCGAUGCUGCUCACAUUGGAGGUGAAACCUGGAUCCAGAAUAUGAAAAAACGAGCCGCUGAAGCAAAGCGUCGUCCAUCCUCGAUGAUCAUGGACAACCGCAAGGGUAGCCUGUCACAACCGCCGUCGCUGUCCGAAAUGAGUGACGUUCCACCGGGACUCACCAUCGACAAGUACGAAUCAGGCAAGGCGGAAGCCGUUGGAGCAUUGUGUCGUAUUUUUUGUGCGAAGAAAACUGGCGAGGAAAUUUUGCCUGUUUACUUGGCUCGAUUUUACAUGGCCCUCCAGCAGGGGCUACGACUGCAUGAUACGAAAGAGUGCGAAGAAACACUGGCUAGCAUUCUGUACAAUUCGUCCGAUCUGUUUCGGAUCGAUUUGGAAGGCAUUCAAGUACUGUUGCCUUCGUUCAUUGCCGCCUUGGAGCAAAUUCUUCCGGAGAAGGAACUGAAAAUGCGAUCGCAAAAUGUGAUUGUUAACAAAACUGAGCUUCGGCGGGCUGCAAUUAAUGUGCUACUGUCGAUUCUGGCACUUCCGUUGCAUUUCCAGACGCUGCCGAUUCGUGAUAUCACCGGUGGUCCUGCUGAUAAAAUGAUAAACUUUAUUCAGUUGAAACCACGCUUGAUUAAUAUCCUGAUGAAUGCCCUGCAGGUGGAAAGUGACGCUCAGAACACACAUAUGCUGCUUGGAGGGUUGCAUUUGUGCGUGCAGGAUUCCGGAUCCUUCGAAGAAAUGGAACUGGGUGGUGAUGUGUUGCACGGCACCCAACCGGCUAACGAUUCCAACUUGCUUAGCUCAGCAUGCUCGGAGAAAAGUACGUACUCGAUCAAUAGCGCCAACUCCAGCAUCGGAGGCAACAGCACCGCCACGCUUAGCAAUGAGCCCUCUAGUUUGCCGGCUUUCGAUGAUUUCUCAUCCGACAUUAUUCAUGAUUUAGAGUUGAGUUCGUCCGCAGUUUAUGACAGUGGUCACGCUCUCUUCGUUAGGGCAACCUAUUUGGUAUGUCAUCGAUUAAUUUCAUCCUGGAAGACCGACCUGAACGUUUCCCUGGCGGCGUUAGAGCUUCUCUCAGGAUUGGCGGCGAUGCGUAUUAAAGAUUCUGGUAGUAGUAAAAUCUCUCAUCACUUUUUUACUCACAAAACUUUCAUCCUGAUUUUAUAUCCCCAAACAGAUGCCCUCGAGUGCAAACGAGCUGUCAAGUGGAUUUGUGACUACAUCUGCUAUCAAUGUUCACGGCCUCCACCGGCACACAGCAAAGAUCUCCACAGCACCAUCGUGGCAGCAUUCCAGUGCACCUCAGCCUGGCUGAUGCAUCACCCCUAUCUACUGCAGGAUAAAGAGUGUCUCACAACUGUGCUGGAAGUUGUGGAGUUGGGUAUUUCCGGCUCCAAGAGUGUAGGAAAACCGGGCGAACAGGUUAAGCACAAGGACGAAAAGGACCUGAAGCCGGCAUCAAUGCGAGUUCGAGAUGCCGCCGAGAAUCUGCUAACGUUAAUCCUAGAGCAAAUUGAUUAUUUCCCCAACGAGUGCGGAAAGCAAUCCUUAUCUUCUCUACUGGAUGAGGUUGUUCUCGCGAAGCAUUCCAAUACAACCGAUGAGGAUACGGCAGAGCUCAGCCAGGAGCAGGCGAUUCGCAAGUUUAAAUAUUUUGUAACUGAAAACUCUACUGUCUUAGCACUGUUCGAGGAACCGCUAGGGAAUGAUCAAGAUCCGCAACCGACGGUGACAAUACUGAUUCGAGGUCCCUUCGGGCGGCACGCCUGGACGAUGCAGCUGCGUCACUUAUCGCGCAGCAAAUCCGGCACCACGUAUCACGCUCCGAAUCCAGGCCGGCCGGUUCCGAUGAAUGAUAUUUUAAUCCGCCAGGAGAUGGAAUACAAAUACUUCCCGGAUUCGGUUGAUCGUAUUCCGCCCUGUGUGGUGGACUAUUCCAUUCCAACGCUAGAUUCGACCGAGCAGAAGGUUGGCAAUCAAGCUACCAAACAUUUAGCCCGCUUGCUGGAAGACCAACUUGUUUAUGAAAAACUUUCGUGGGCUCAGACCGAAUGUUCUGUCGAUGGGCUGGGUCAUGCGCAAGAAGCGACAGCUCCGAAUGUGUGUCAUGAGUUUCAAGCUGCACGCCUAUUUCUUGCACAUUUCGGCUUUCUUUCGAUCGGAGAUAACACCAACGGACAGCGGUUACUUACAGCGUUGGAUGCUUCCAAGCCAGAGUUUUGUCAUGAUUUGAAAAUGCUAGACAAAAUGAGCCCACGGACCUGCGACACAAUACACGUGUUUUACGUCAAAGCUGGCCAAACGUCCGAGGCAGACGUUAUCGGUAAUAUGGAUCCGGAAAAUUUGGCGAACAUCGAUGUACACUUUUGGAAUGUACUUUACACACUGGGCUGGCCUGUGAACGUAGAAGAACACGCAGGUUGGACGGGAUUCAUCAACAGUAGUUGGAAAAUUCCGAAGGAAAACAAAACUCGCCGCAAAAAGCAAUCGUUCGGUUCGUCCAACAUCGAAGACCUCCAAUUGAAUGGAGAGAAAAAAGUCCUUUACUGGGCUGAUGUGGCCUCCGAAAUUGCCAUCGUUGUUCCAAAUCGGCAAAACCGAAGUGAAAUUAUGCUGGAUGAGGAUGGAGUGCCAGCUACAACAUACGAAAGAAGCGUCAGCGAAAUCCAAGCUUCGAAAGCGGCUUCCAGUAAAACGCGCCAAUUCUCGCUUGAAAACGAACCAACUCGGCUGGGAACUAUCAGCAGUAAGUCGGCCGAUCCGAUUCCACCGGUUCGCAGGCGAACGGGGGCUUCUAAGCCAACAACCCUCUACACCGCUCCGACGGCGAAGAUUUUGCUCGUGUGGUUGGAGAGUUAUGAAGAUCAUCUGACAUUCCCGAUCGAAGAUUUGCUGCACUACACUCGAGCUGGUUAUUCAACGGCACACGGUCCUAUCACACCACUGAAUGCUGGUGAGUGUCACGUUAUAUUUUUGCAUGCACUAAAUUCCGGAUUGCUGAGAGUUAAGCUGCACGGACCCAUCGGACGAAUGAACUUCGCUAUUCCGCUGAUCGAUGGCAUGGUGGUCAGCAGGCGGGUAAUCGGAUCGUUGAUCCGUCAAACGGCGUACAAUAUGGCCAAGCGAAGACGAUUGGAAAAUGACUCUUAUCAGCCACCGCACGUCCGUCGGCGCAUAAAAGUUCAGGAGAUGAUGCAGAAGUAUAAGAAGGAUAUGAGCGAACCGGAACUGCUGGCAGAUCUCUUCACGACAUCUAUCUAAACCCUGACGAACAAGCCCUCGUACAGAAGUAUUAUAAUUUGCGUAUUUAUUAAGUGUUUCAUGUUCAACAAUUCGAUUGUUGUCUUUUCUCUGUCGAUGAAUUAUCCGUCUUCGGUUUUGUGUUGAGCCCCGUUGGGAAACGCAUUUAUUUGAUUUAUUUUAUUUAUUAACACUUUUUUUCGUAACCAGAGGACUUAACUUUAUUAUAGUUAUUCUGUUGUAACUCCGUAAUUUAUGUCUGCACAGCAGUAAUUUUACAGUGGCACGUUUAGUUAGUACAUAUAUAUACCUAUUAAAAAUAUAUAAUGAAA